UCCGUUUUCCAGAUUCCAUUUUUUUAUUUGUGAUUGGGAUUUGUAUUUGUUUUGUUUAUGAACAUUUCAGGUGUUUCGCCCUUAAGUUAAUGUAUUAGUUUAUUCCUAGUUGUCAUCGUAAAUUUAAGAUCUGUAUAAAAUAAGUGAAAAACAAUGGAAAACCUUAAAAGCAUUUGGAAACCAGAACUUUACCGCAUUCAGAUGGAAGCGCCUUUACCGAACCAUAUUAUUUGUGAAAAUUGUCCUAAUAGGCCAGAGUUUUACGGCAAAGAAUAUCACGGUAUAAUGGGGCAUAAGGAAGCUACGUUACUACUGGAAGACGAACCCAACGGUUCAUUUCUAAUAAGAAAAGGAAACGAAUACAAUGAUUUUUAUACACUCUCUUGGAAAUUUGAUGACAGAAUACACCACUACAAGUUGUAUUAUGAUGGAACCCAUUACAUAAAAGACAAAAGAUAUGAUACAAUAUAUGAUUUGGUUGCCGAUGGUCUUAUCACUUGUCACAUGGAGUUGAAAGCUCAUCACAUUUUGGAGAUGAUAAACUCAAGAGCUAAUUACACUGAGAGCCCAUAUGUCACUCUUAAUAGGAAGAAAUUAAAAACCCUGUCACAAAUUCAUCAAGAAUCCAACAGAGCUAGUCCCAUUUUUUUGAAGUCUGAUACUAAACAAGAAAUACACAGUGACAGAAAACCACCAUUCAACUUAACACCAACCCUGGAAGAUCCCCCACCAUUAUAUAAAUAUUCAAAGUCACAUAGCUUUAAGGUGCAUACUUUUAAAGGCCUUAACUGGUGCGAGUUGUGUGCUAACUUUUUAUGGGGAUUUACUGCACAAGGAGUCAAAUGUGAAGAUUGUGGUUUCAUAGCACAUUCCAAAUGCUCAGAAAGGGUGCCAAAUCAUUGUGUACCAGACUUGAAGAAACUCAGAGGUGUUUUUGGCAUUGAUCUAACAACAUUAUUGAAUGCACAUUCUAGCACCUUACCAUUUGUUGUGAGGAAAUGUGUUAAUGAGAUUGAAAGUAGAGGAUUGGAUUCGGAAGGGAUUUACAGAGUAUCAGGCUUUGCUGAUGAAAUUGAGGCUCUGAAAUUGGCUUUUGAUAGAGAUGGUGAAGCAACAGAUUUGAGUGUAUACAGCAAUAUAAAUGUAGUGGCGGGCACAUUGAAGUUAUACUUAAGGCUGUUACCUGUCCCCCUCAUCACAUAUGAGGUUCAUCCUAAGUUGAUCAAUGCAAUCCAAAUGAAAACAACGGUGGUGCAAGUUGCGAUGUUGCGAGAAUGUUUGGAUUCACUGCCUCCCGCGCAUUUUAACUGUUUACAAUAUAUGGUUCAACACUUGCAUAGAGUCGCACAACAUGCCGAGGUGAACAAAAUGUCGCCACACAAUUUGAGUACAGUUUUUGCGCCGACUUUGGUAGCUACGCCGCCCGCUAUAACAGAUCUAUCCUUUGAAAUUCGCGCUUUACAAGCACUUAUUGAAUAUUGCCCUCAAAUAUAUUACAAUAAUAAAUAAACAGUAUUCUCAAGCUCGUGAAAAAUAGGCUACAGUUACAGUGUAUUCUUUGACAAUGCACUUAAAACCAAGACUUCAUUAGAAUACAUUAGAUUAAGACAUAAAUCAAGUAUAUAAAGGUAUGUCAAUAAUAAUGAAAUAAGGUAACAGCUAUAGAUAAUAGUAUUUAUUAUUGCUAAUUUGACUGAUUUUGACAUUUAUUUUAAAAUCUAGUAGUAUAUCGUUUAGAUUAUACAUAUAUAUUAACUUUAUAUUCAAUGUAUCUCAUAUAAGUUGGAUGAAUCAUAAAAAAGAAUAAUCAUGUGUGCAAUUAUAAAAAGGUUUAUUCAAACUGUGAAUGUUUUGUAUGAAAAAUGUGAUAUUGGAUCUAAUAAUUAGUAGUUUUAAAAGCAUUCCAAGCUGAUGUAACCAUUAGAAUUGGUUUGAAUACAAAAAUGUUUACACUUUUUGUUAAAUAACAUGAAGAAUGUACUUUAUUUAUUAUGAAUAAUUGUUGAGAUAUAAAAGCAAGCAACCAUUAACAUUUUCUUAUUUUUUUUAAUAAAAAUA